CUCGCGAAUUCCCCAAUCGAUCGCAGCAUCCCACGGAAGUACAAGUAUAACAACUCUAGUCAGAUCCCCACACGCAUUCCGCGGGCUUGAUUCGUUUCCAGAGCUGCGGGCGCAAAAGUAUACCUCUCGCGUCAUGCGCGAUAACGAGUUUAGAAAAAAGGAAAAGAACGAGCGUUUAGCACGGCGGGGUCCAACGGGAGCAGCGUGGAUGCGGUAUAGCUGUGUGUAUACGACCGCGUCCCUCUCUCUCUCUCUCUUUCGUGUCGGCGGCAGUCCCGCCGGCCCUCAGCCGGUUCGGUAUACGGCGGGGAGCGCCGAGAGCGCGCGCGCCAGCACUUCCUACCCGCCAGUCAACCGCUGGACAGCCACCUGCGAGGUCGUCGCUCCGCUGCGGACUCUUGCCGAUAGUACACUUUGCUCGCAGCCAUACACAAGACUGCAGUGACAUGCAGCCGAGCAGACUCGUGUGACCCAGUUCUUCGCUUCUUCCUUUUCCUCGCACGCGCUCGCGCAGCUUUCUUCUUCUUUGCCCACGAGGGAGCGAGUCUCCUCCUGCAUCGGACGUCCUUGUCGAGAGCCAGUGGAAGACACGAGUUCACGAGUUGCGGAGAAGCGACAUGACGAGGAUAGCGGUCUUCGGGAUGACCGGCCGUUGGCUGCGACUAGCCCUGCCGCCGCUGCUGCUGCUGCUGGCGAGCUCGACUCGAGCGGCCAAGAGGUGCGAGGGCUCGGGCAGCGGACUCAAGUACGUCUGGGGCGACGCUCUCAAAGACUCCAUGGACUGCCUCGGGCCCAACAACAUGCAGUAUCCCUCAGCGGCGAUAGCGCGCAACCUGAAGAGCGUCUGGGGCGGCAACAGUCGGACGGCUCGGCACUACCAGCAGCCGCGGACGAUAGACCCGGAACUGACGAGGCAGGCGCUGCUCAACAACUACAGAGCGGCGCAGGGCGAUUACAGCAUAGCCGGCAGCUCUCGAUCCGCUCGAUCCUUCUCGGCCAAGGACACCUGCGGCUCGCCGUCGAGGCUCUGCAAGACGAGGUACAACACGACGGCGCCGAUGUACGGAGUCAGCCUGACCAGCGGCCAGCCGGUCACGAUCGUCCAAAAGUUCCCCGACCUCCUGCAGCAGGUCGUCUUCGAGGUUUGCGAAUCGAAGGAGUGCGACAUAGUUCACGGCGAGUGCACGCAGACGUACGUGCCCUACCUCUUCCUGGUGAUACCUCUGGGACCCGUGACGCUCACCGGCCAGGACUACGUGCUCGUCGAGAGCGGCUGCGUCUGCAAGCCCAAAAACAGCCUCAACUCGGCCGGCUCCUCCGGCUCCGCCACCGACCUGCUCUCCGUGCCUCCCUUCUAGAGGGCCCGCACUUUUUCCCAUUUAGAGCUCCGCGGGCAGAUUUUUAUUCGGACUUUUCGCUAUUUUCACGCGAACCUCUCGGAGGAAGAGGCGCGCCCGCGGGAAAAAAAGCAGUCACGGAAUUAUAUCAGAUCGAGAAUCAGAUCACACAAAACGAGGAAGAGCCAGAAGAAUCCGGUCGCUCGAGAGCCGCUUUUUCGCGGGAGAGACUGACGCGAGUCUCUUCUGUCUCUUCUCUUCGCCGGCGCUGCUGCGGCUGACGAGGAUUACGAUGCCAGGACUGUAUUUCCGAGGAGCGAUGGACUUUCUUUUUUUUCCUACUGCCAGUCUCACUCUGGCCCAGUGAAUCAGCCUGUUUGUGUGUUGCGUGCGUGCGAGUGUUUGUUUUAUGCGAGCGACGCCGAUCGACGGGCGGGAAGUUCUCCUGUUCUCUCCCAUGCAAUCGAGUCAGAUUUUUCUCCGCACAAAUAAAUGGCAUAAACGCAAACUUGGAAGCGUCAUCGCGGGCAUUCCUGACUCAUCGGCCCCUUUCUUUCUUCCUCCCUUUUACGCGCAGUGCCUUUUUACUUGACCCACAAAUAUAUACGUUUGAUCGCGUGUUCGUAUAUAGGCGGCGCCGAUUACCACGACGAUGUAUAUUCUACACGAUAUAUAUAUAUGUAAUACGUAAGAGGUAUAUAUCUCUAUGCGCGUAUGUAUAAAAUAUAACGGUUAAGCAAAUUAACGAGUCGAGGAAUUUCGUCGAUUAUAAUGUAGGGAUCUACACAGGUAUCCAGAGCCUUUGAUGGGAGAGACGGAGAAAAUUUCCCGUUUUUUGCUGGAUUCGUUCGAAAUUUUUCGACGGAGCGACGUUUUUAUUUAUGUGUACUUAGAUAAUUUUUAUGUACUGCGAGAGACUAAAGAGUUUACGCUAUUAAUAUUUUCUAUGUACAUUAUCGCAAGACUUUAUAUUUAUGAUACGGUUAAUUUAUAAUAUCAUACGUAUAACGCACGUAUAGCUUACUUGUCCAAUGUGUAUCGAGUAAAUAAUUUUACCGUAUUAUCAACGAUGUAAAGAAUGGAUUCUGGUUGGAAAGUUUUCCCCAUCACCGAUACACCUGUGAAAUACUUAUAUACCAUACUCAACUCAUCGUGACUCACAUAUAUAUAUAUAUAUAUAUAUAUAUAUAUAUAUAUAUAUAACUCUAUUAUUUAUACAUAUUAUAUACCUAAUUUAUUCGUCCCAACAAAAGUCGCGUACUUACGACAUCUAAACUAAAUAUUAAACUGUAAUUGUAAGCGAUGUAAAUUAAUGUUUGUUAGACAUUUUUAGAUAGCUAUUAAUGCCAGUUGAAUAAAUUAAUGUUCAA